CAAUUGACUGCAUGUGUUCGUCGAUUCAGUACCGGCUUGCGGGAUUUGUUUUAUAAAAAUUAUCCAAUUUCCAAGUUUUUCGAGAAAAUGGCUGAUCGUGAAAACUCUGUUCCGUGUUUUUUAGUGUUGGAAGACGGUACAAUUCUACCAGGAGAAUCAUUUGGCGCUCAGACACCCGUAGAAGGGGAAGUAGUUUUCCAAACUGGUAUGGUAGGAUAUCCGGAAUCACUGACAGAUCCCAGUUACCAUUCACAGAUUCUGAUUCUUACUUAUCCUUUCAUUGGAAAUUACGGAGUUCCCGAAGAGAAGAAAGAUGAAAAUGGUUUACCAUAUUUUUUCGAAUCACAUCGUAUAUGGGUAUCAGCAUUGGUUGUUGGAGAACAUUGUGACUCUCCGAGUCAUUGGCGUAGCAAAAAAACAUUAUCAGAAUGGAUGAAAGAACAAAAUGUACCUGGAAUUCAAGGUGUGGAUACAAGACAGCUUACUAAAAAAAUUCGUGAAAAAGGUACAAUACUAGGAAAAAUUGUAUUCACUUUAUCAAUACCAGAAGACCCUUGCAAAAUUAAAGAUCCUAAUACGAGAAAUUUGGUUGCAGAAGUUUCUGUUAAGAAACCGAUAACUUACAACAUUGAAGGUUCUCCAAGAAUAUGUGUAGUAGAUUGUGGAUUAAAAUAUAAUCAAAUUAGAUGUUUUCUCAAUAGAGGCGUUAGAGUUGAUGUUGUGCCUUGGAAUCACAAAUUUAAUAUUGAUGAAUACGACGGACUUUUUCUGAGUAACGGACCAGGAAAUCCACAAAUGUGUCUGGAAACAAUAGAAAAUAUAAAAAAUGUCUUAAGACGAACCGAUAAGAUCAAACCAAUCUUUGGUAUAUGUUUGGGGCACCAGCUUCUCUCAAUAGCUAUUGGAUGUACUAGCUACAAAAUGAAGUACGGAAAUAGAGGUCAUAACCAACCAUGUAUUCACCACGAUACUGGCAGGUGUUACAUGACAUCUCAAAACCACGGUUUCGCAAUUGAUACGACAUCUCUGCCUUCGAAUUGGGAACCUCUAUUCACAAAUGCAAACGACAAAACUAAUGAAGGUAUUGUACAUAAAACCUUGCCGUUCUUCAGUGUGCAGUUUCAUCCAGAACAUAUGGCAGGUCCCCAAGAUCUUGAAAAUCUAUUUGAGGUGUUCCUAGAAGCCAUUAAGAAAGGAACUACUUGUAAUCUUAAACAACUGAUGACCGAUACUUUGAGAUAUAAAAUUGAUCAGGAUCAAUCCACCACACCAACAAUUAAAAAAGUUCUCAUCAUAGGCUCAGGUGGACUUUCCAUUGGACAAGCAGGAGAAUUUGACUAUUCAGGUUCUCAGGCUAUUAAAGCUCUAAAAGAAGCAAACAUACAAACAGUUCUUAUAAAUCCGAAUAUUGCUACUGUUCAAACCUCAAAGGGUUUAGCCGACAAAGUAUAUUUCUUACCUUUAGUAGCGGAAUAUGUGGAACAAGUUAUAUGUUCUGAAAGACCUAGCGGAGUUCUACUUACAUUCGGCGGUCAGACCGGGUUAAAUUGCGGAAUAGAACUACAAUAUCGCGGAGUUUUCGACAAAUAUAAUUGCAAAAUUUUAGGCACACCUAUACAAGCUAUAAUAGACACCGAGGAUCGUAAAGUUUUCAGUCAAAGAAUAGGAGAAAUCGGGGAACAAGUUGCUCCUAGUAUGGCAGCUCAUUCCGUACAAGAAGCUUUAGACGCAGCAAAUCAACUAGGUUAUCCCGUAAUGGCUAGAGCGGCAUUUUCUUUGGGCGGCUUAGGAUCAGGAUUCGCCAACAACAAAGACGAAUUGAAAACAUUAGCUCUACAAGCUCUAGCUCAUUCCAACCAACUUAUUAUCGAUAAAUCGUUAAAGGGAUGGAAAGAAGUAGAAUAUGAAGUAGUCCGGGAUGCUUUUGAUAAUUGUAUAACAGUAUGUAAUAUGGAGAAUGUUGAUCCCUUAGGUAUUCACACUGGAGAGUCAAUAGUAGUAGCACCCAGUCAAACUCUAUCCAAUAAAGAAUACAAUAUGCUUAGGACAACAGCUAUCAAGGUUAUCAGACAUUUUGGAAUUGUAGGAGAAUGUAACAUCCAAUACGCUUUAAACCCCAAUUCCGAAGAAUAUUACAUUAUCGAAGUAAAUGCUAGAUUAUCGAGAAGUUCUGCCUUAGCUAGUAAAGCUACGGGAUAUCCUCUAGCAUAUGUAGCUGCAAAACUAGCUUUAGGUGUAUCAUUACCAGAAAUUAACAAUUCAGUUACCGGAGUAACAACCGCUUGUUUCGAACCGAGCUUGGAUUAUUGCGUUGUAAAAAUACCAAGAUGGGAUCUUCACAAGUUCAGUAGAGUCAGUAGUAAAAUAGGGAGUUCCAUGAAGAGCGUCGGAGAAGUAAUGUCUAUCGGAAGAAAAUUCGAGGAAGCUUUCCAAAAAGCUUUACGGAUGGUAGACGAAAACGUUUCCGGAUUCGAUCCUUAUUUGAAACCGGUAAACGACGAAGAAUUAAAAGAACCAACUGAUAAGAGGAUGUUCGUUCUAGCGGCGGCUUUAAAAAACAAUUACACCAUCGAAAAAUUAUACGAACUCACCAAAAUCGACAGAUGGUUUUUACAAAAAAUGAAAAAUAUAAUCGAUUAUAUGAUUCUUUUGGAGACUUUCGAUCAACACAGUUUACCGAAUAAAGUCCUGCUUAUCGCUAAACAGAUGGGUUUUUCGGAUAAACAGAUAGCUAUCGCCGUUAAAAGUACGGAAUUAGCUGUACGAAUGCAACGGGAAGAAUUCGGAGUAAUGCCCUUCGUGAAACAAAUAGAUACCGUUGCCGCAGAAUGGCCUGCCACGACGAAUUAUUUGUACUUAACGUACAAUGCUUCUGAACACGAUUUGAGUUUCGAAGAUGAACACGUUAUGGUACUAGGAUCGGGAGUUUAUAGAAUAGGUAGUUCCGUUGAAUUCGAUUCGUGCGCUGUGGGUUGCCUAAGAGAAUUAAGAAGAUUGAAUAAGAAAACUAUAAUGGUUAAUUAUAAUCCAGAAACUGUUAGUACCGAUUACGAUAUGUCGGAUAGGUUGUACUUCGAAGAAAUAUCAUUCGAAACUGUCAUGGAUAUUUACAAUAUAGAAAAUCCAACCGGUAUUAUACUAUCAAUGGGAGGUCAGUUACCGAAUAACAUUGCCAUGGAUUUACACAGGCAACAGACUCGUAUUUUAGGCACGUCUCCGGAUUCAAUCGAUGGAGCAGAAAAUAGAUUCAAGUUUUCACGUAUGUUGGAUAGAAUUGGAAUUAUGCAACCGCAUUGGAAAGAAUUAACUAACCUCAAAUCCGCCAUUGAGUUUUGCGAGGAAGUCGGAUAUCCCUGUUUAGUUCGACCUUCGUACGUCCUAAGCGGAGCGGCUAUGAACGUUGCCCAUUCGAAUCAAGAUCUAGAAACUUACCUAAACGCUGCUAGUGACGUUAGUAAAGAACACCCUGUCGUAAUAUCGAAAUUCUUAUUGGAAAGUAAAGAAAUAGACGUCGAUGCGGUAGCUUGUGACGGCGUUAUACUCUGUAUGGCCGUAUCGGAACACGUAGAAAACGCCGGAGUACAUUCCGGUGAUGCCACUCUCGUAACACCCCCUCAAGAUUUAAAUAGCGAGACAUUAGCUAAAAUUAAAUACAUUGUUAAAUCUAUAGCGGCGUCUUUAGAAGUGACAGGACCUUUUAACAUGCAACUAAUAGCAAAAGAUAACGAUCUUAAAGUGAUCGAAUGUAAUGUAAGAGUUUCCAGAUCGUUUCCGUUCGUUUCUAAAACGUUAAAUCACGAUUUUGUCGCUAUGGCAACGAGAGUUAUAGUUGGAGAAGAAGUGGAACCUGUGGAUAUACUUUCCGGUUGCGGCAGAGUCGGAGUGAAAGUACCGCAAUUCUCUUUUUCGAGAUUGGCCGGAGCCGAUUUUAUGCUCGGCGUUGAAAUGGCUUCUACGGGAGAAGUAGCUUGCUUCGGAGAUAACAGAUACGAGGCCUACUUGAAAGCUUUGAUGAGUACCGGAUUCAACAUUCCAAAAAAAUCAAUUUUACUCUCGAUUGGAACUUACAAACACAAAGCGGAGUUUUUGCCGAGCAUGAGAUCGUUACAAAAAAUGGGAUACAAAUUAUAUGCUAGUUUAGGAACUGCUGAUUUUUACACUGAACACGGAGUGAAGGUUGAAUCGGUGCAAUGGACGUUCGAUUCUAUAGAUGACAGCAUAUGUCAGGGAGAGCUGAAACCUCUGGCCGAAUUUCUAUCUAAAAAACAAUUCGAUCUUGUUAUAAAUCUUCCUAUGAGAAACGGAGGUGCUAGGCGAGUAUCGUCAUUUAUGACUCACGGUUAUCGAACCAGAAGAUUAGCCAUAGAUUAUUCCAUUCCAUUAAUUACUGAUGUGAAAUGUGCCAAAUUACUUGUAGAGGCUCUUCGAAUAAUAGGAAAAGCUCCACCGAUGAAAACUCAUACAGAUUGCAUUAGUUCACGUAACAUAAUUAAAUUACCCGGUUUCAUAGAUACCCACGUACACGUCAGGGAACCUGGAGCUACUCAUAAAGAAGAUUAUCAGUCGUGUACUGCAGCAGCUUUAGCAGGAGGAAUUACCCUUAUUUGUGCUAUGCCUAAUACCAAUCCUGCAAUCAUUGAUGAGGAAUCAUUUGCUUUAGUUAAGAAACUAGCGAAAGAAGGGGCUAGAUGCGAUUAUGCUCUUUUCGUCGGUGCUUCAUCCGACAAUACUUCUGCAAUCUCCGAAUUAGCCGCCGAAGCAGCGGGCCUAAAAAUGUACCUCAAUGAAACAUUUACUACCCUUCGUCUCAAUGACCUGGAAGUUUGGUCUAAACAUUUAGCAAACUGGCCGAAACGUGCUCCGUUAUGUGUACACGCCGAGUCUCAAACUACUGCAGCUAUAAUAUUGUUGGCGAGCUUACAAAACAGACCGAUUCACAUAUGUCACGUGGCCAGGAAGGAAGAGGUACUUAUAAUUAAAGCAGCAAAGGAAAAGGGGUUGAAAAUAACGUGUGAAGUCUGUCCGCAUCAUUUGUUUUUGUCGACCAACGAUAUCGAUCGAAUAGGGGCGACAAAAAGUCAGGUUAGACCAGUUUUGGUGUCUCCAGAAGACCAACAAGCACUUUGGGAUAACCUCCAUGUCAUCGACUGCUUUGCAACAGAUCACGCUCCGCACACCAUUGAGGAGAAACUAAGUAAAACACCUCCGCCAGGUUUUCCGGGCUUGGAAACUAUCUUACCACUUUUACUUAACGCCGUCAACGAAGGUAGAAUGACCUUAGACGAUCUCAUAAAUAAAUUCCAUAAGAAUCCUAAGAAAAUUUUCAAUCUUCCCGAUCAACCAAACACGUACGUCGAAGUAGAUAUGGAAGAAGAAUGGGUUAUUCCUGAUAGUAUGACUUACAGCAAAUCUAAAUGGACACCGUUUGCUGGUAAAAAGGUGAAAGGUGCUGUACAUAGAGUCGUCCUUCGCGGGGAAGUCGCCUAUGUAGAAGGACAAAUAUUAGUUCAACCUGGUUUUGGACAAAAUGUACGUGAUUGGGAGAAACGUCUCUAUGUAACUUCAGUAGAAAUGAGUCGACCAUCAUCAAUUUUAGCUCUCGAUCGACCAUUGUCUCCUUAUUUAUUCAACAAUAGCAGCGAUUACGAAAAUGAUGGACAGACUAAUGAGAUAUUUUCCAAACUACUAUCAACUGAAGGAAAAGUUCAUUUUGCAAAUGAACCUCACACUCUAGAUAGGUUGCUGUCUCCCAUACCACCAAGAAUACGUACAGAAAGUUUCUCUGCCUCUGGAGAUAAAAAACUUAAACCUGAAGGAUUAACAGAUCAGUCACAAAUUCAUCAUUAUUCCCAACAUAAUCCGCUCCACAACAAACACAUUUUGAGCGUUGAUACAUUUACUAAAGAUCAACUUAACGACAUAUUCAAUUUGGCACAAACUUUCAGAGUUUAUGUCGGAAAAGAUAGACCUUUAGAUCAAAUUUUAAGAGGAAAAAUUAUGGCUUCCAUUUUCUAUGAAGUUAGUACUAGAACUAGUUGUAGUUUCUCUGCAGCUAUGCAAAGACUUGGCGGCAGAGUAAUUUACAUGGACGAAACAAGUUCAUCUGUAAAAAAAGGUGAAACAUUAGAAGAUUCCAUCGCAGUAAUGGCAGGUUAUGCUGAUGUAGUGGUUUUAAGACAUCCUGUUCCUGGUUCGGUACUUAAAGCUUCGCAUCAUUGUAGAAAACCUCUCAUAAAUGCAGGAGAUGGUGUGGGUGAACAUCCAAGUCAAGCCCUUUUAGAUAUUUUCACAAUUAGAGAAGAAAUUGGUACUGUUAACGGUCUAACUAUUACCCUUGUUGGAGAUUUGAAAAACGGUAGAACCGUUCAUUCUUUGGCUAGACUUUUAACUCUAUACAACGUACAAUUAAGAUAUGUCAGUCCUCCAAGCUUGAAGAUGCCGGAUCACAUUACAUCGUUUGUCAAGUCUAAAGGAAUCAGCCAACAGGAAUACAAUAGUCUGGAAGAAGUUUUGCCUGAAACUGAUGUUUUAUAUAUGACGAGAAUACAAAAAGAAAGAUUUAUCAGCGAAGAAGAAUAUGAGAAGGUUUGUGGACAAUUCGUGGUAACUCCAAAAUUAAUGACGAGAGCUAAAAGGAAAAUGGUAGUUCUUCAUCCACUUCCCAGGGUGUUCGAAAUAAGUCCAGAAUUCGAUACUGAUCCCAGAGCAGCUUAUUUCCGGCAAGCCGAAUGUGGAAUGUACGUGAGAAUGGCUCUACUUGCUAUAGUUUUAGGAAAAUGCUGAUACGGAUCGUUCGCAUCUAUUAUUUAAUUUUGAUUCACUCCAUUUUUAUACCAACUUUUUUAUUUAUAUAAAGAAACACAAGAUCGAAAUCUUAACUAUCUCAUUCUACUUGUUUAUUUCAAGAAUUCUUGUUAUAACUUAAUUUAAUAGUUUAUAAAUAGGCUGGAUAUAAAAACUUCUUUCAAAAACGGGUCAGAUUAUUUUUGCCACGCUUUUUUUCCCUAAAAUAAAACAAAUUCAAUUCGUUUCAAUAUUCUGUUUUAUCAACAUGUGGUAUCAACAUGUAUACCACUGACAGUUCAAUCAACAUGUUCACUUGAAUGUAAUGAUUUUUUUGUAGUUUCUUUUUUUUGUUCCAAAAGUACUUCUGGGAGGGAAUUGCUUAAUUUUUUUCAAUACACUUUUGUUUUUUAUGAGCAUCUCGUAAAAUUCAUCACAAGAAUGAUCGAAAUUCACUCGUACCAUCAACAUGGAACUUACCGCUUCGAUCUUUAAACGACAUUUGUCGAAAGUACCAAGUAACAGUUUUUACUUAUUUUAUAAAACUUAAAUAAUUAAAAUUUUCGUAUUACUGGUAAAAAAAUGGGACUUUUCGUAAUCCAACGGGACAACUCCAAAAGCCUAAAGUUACAGGACUAUCCCGUUUGAAACGGAACGUAUGGCCAGCAUAUACAUAAAAAAAAUAUUUUUCUUUGGAUUCUGGAAAAAUAGAAAAAUAUAUGAAAACUUGAGCAACUUUUAAAUAACAAAAUACCAUGACGAAUGUUACGCACAAUCUCUCUCUAUUCUAAUUGAAACAGUUCCUUCAUUUCUGUGUUGAAUAAAAUGUAAAAAUGUAAAUUGUAAAAUUUGUAAAGAAAUAAUUUUAUAUCAUUGCCAUGUAAUUUUUUUCAUUCAUUUUAAUAAAAAAGAUUAUACGUUUCUUAUAAUGUCUUAAGUUCGAAUCUUUAAUUUUCACUUUUGACAGGCUAUUCAAAUCUCUUUUAAAAAUACUCAGGGUGCAUUCCACUAAGCACUCACGACAAUCACGUUCACGAUCUUUAACGUCCAGAGUUCAUUAAACCAAAGCUAAUGCCUUACAAGACGUUUUGACCAUUGAGCUAAAUAUUAACUAAUGACAAAACCGAAAAAAAUAAUGUGAAAGCUUAUGAUUAUGUUAUAAUUUGUAAAUUAUUGAAUAUUUUACUUUAAUUGAUAUACAUUGAAGUAAAAUCAAAAUAUUUUCGGCGGCGAUAGUAAAAUAUUUAGUGGUGAGUCACAAGAAUACUUCAAAAGUACCGCAUCAAAUAAUGAGAUAGAUUCUUAUGACUGCAAUCUGCGUUGCUUGAGUUUUGAAAAUUACGCUAAUUCUUUCAACGCUCGCUUCGACCCACCUCUUUACAAGGGUCGUCGUGAACGUUCUCGCCGCCACCACAACGAUCGUAGUCGCUAUGUGGAACAUCCAAAACAGUAUUUCAGGCGCUAUGAAUGCUUAUUAGUGGAAUGCACUGUCAGUGACAUCAAAACUGCACAGUUGCCACUGUUUAGAAUGUGAUUUCCCCGAGGUUUGUUUUCAAUUAAACUAGGAAUAUUCAAAUUUUGUUUAGUCGCUGCUAUGGUCACUACAAAUAUCCAAAUUACAAAUAGAGAGAAAUUUCCACUGGUAUAUGAGCUUUGUUUUUAAUUAAACCAGGUGUAUGUACAUUUUGUUCAGUGACUGCUAGUGUCGCUAUAAAUUUUAAAUUUAAUACAAAAACUAUUUUUGUUCAUAAGGUUAUCCCAGAAAGUAGUUCAUUUAGACAUAGGAAUAUUUUAUAAAAAUGGAAAUCAUUAUAAAUAUAGUUUUUAACAUAAAGCAGAACAUUUUGUUUUAUUUAAAAAAACCAUUUAACUUUAACCUCAUACCAUUUCCUGUUAGUUAAAUAAGAUGGUGAUAAUUGGUGUACUUUUUCCCUAAUACCAUAAAAUUCUAGUUUGGUAAACUGCAUUUCUGGUAAACUGCUAUUAUUGGUCUGUAAUUUUGUGGAGCUACCUAAGCUUUUUAACUAACCCACACUAUGAUUUGCAUAAAUUUAUUUUUUAUAUCAAAAAAAGAAAAUAAAUACCAAAAAAAAAUUGAAAAAAAAUAUUUAUAUCUAUGGUGGGAUUACUGAUUCGGUACCGGUGUAUUUAUAAAAAAAACUAAAUACAUUAUCAAUUGGAAGAUUAUUUUAUUUCUAUUAGAGUUUCAGAGGUAUGUCCUUACAAUGUUAAGGGUCGGAGAGAACUAAACUACCUACUUGGUGUGAAAUGUGAGUUUAGUUCACAACAUUGGUUUGCUUUAAAUGACUUGGAAAAGGAAGACAUGAGAUCAUUUUCAACGCUUGGAAUAGUAUUCCUGACUCUUACGAUUAGCUGAAAAAGCUUAUGUUUGCUGUUCUUUCUUUUUUGAUUUCACAUAUAUAUGAGAACAAUAUUUUUCAAUCAUAAACAUUACCAAGAGUAGACCGAGAAAUGGUCUUAUUGAAGAGAACUUGCAAUCAUGCCAUUAAAAACAACAACAUAUAAACCUGACUUACUCAAACUUAAAUUUGGUUUUAUUUGGUGUAAAGAAAUUAACAAGCAGAUUUGGCUCCGUUUUUUUAAAUUCUUGUAAUGUUCAUUUUUUGGCUCUUUGGUGGUCGACUGAAGACAAUUGACUAACAAAUACAUAUAAAUAAGAAAUAAAAAUAAAACAAAAGCCUUUUUUGUAGCACGCCUAUAGUGAAGGUGAUAUUGCCGUCUGCCAUCAUGGGCAGCAAACUUUUGUUUAUUGGUUCUCCCUAUACUUUUAAUUCAAUGACGGUGCCACACAAAUGUACAUGGGUUUCAAUAAUACCACUAGCUAGUAUUAACAUCGUAAAUGGAGCGAAUUUUCAAGAAAAAAAGAAGUUAUUGCUCCUGCUUGUAUAUUAAAAAUUUUAAUGUUUUUCAAACAAACUUUUAAGAUCAGUUCGUAUAAAUUUAUAAGCAAGUAAAUUAUAUAUAUAGGUGCUACACGCAGGCCUUUUAGGAUUUAGAUUCCUUAUUUCAUUAAUCAUUCUCCUCAGCCAUAAAACUGCCUCCUUUUACCGCCUAGUAUCCUUCUAAUUAUUUUUCUUUCCCAUAUAUCUCUUCUUCUGCUUUGUUUUUGUUGCAAUGAGCAAGUAAAUGAAACAAGUUUAUUU